CCUAUUAAACUGCGGCUGUGCCUCAGCAGUUUGAUUUUCCCUGCAGGGUCAGCAGUAGAAGAUGGCUGUCUGUCUGGUUUUGUUAGGCCUGCUGUUGCUCAGCAGGCUUUCCUUGAGUAGAGAAUGUGAGCCAGAGUAUCUUGAGGACAUGGAUUUUCCAGGAAAUGACAUUACAACUUUGUACUCUCCUGAUGCUGAGCACUGCCUGAUGCUGUGCACCCAGCACCCCUCGUGCCAAUUCUUUAGCUUCCAUCAAGCUGACUGGACCAAAGAUAAUACGAACUUCUUCUGUUACCUCAAAUCAACUCCGUCUGGACAGCCUAAUUUUCGAACUCCACUAGUAGGCGUCACAUCUGGCUUUUCACUCAAGUUCUGUGACCCAGACCCACAACCUUGUCUGUUUAAGGUGUACGACAAUGUGGACUUCUUUGGAGCAGAUUAUAAAUCCCUAUUCACACCUGACUAUGAGGAGUGUCAGAGAGCCUGCACUCAGGACCCUGCCUGUCAGUUCUUUACCUUUGCAAAAGAUAAUCACUAUCUACCAAAUAUCAGGUACAGGUGUCACCUUAAAUUCAGUUGGAAUAUACCAAGGACUCCCAUAGUAGAAAGAAGAGCUGGGCUCAUAUCUGGAUUCUCACAAAAAUUACAAAUAGCUCAACAAUUUGAUACAGCAUGUGGGAAGAAGCUUUUCCCAGGCAUCGACAUCCCAGGAAGUAACCUCCAGAUGGUGAAAGCUGCCUCUCCCGAGCACUGCCAGGUCUUGUGCUCUGCUCACCCAGGGUGCACCUUUUUCUCUUUCCUCAGCCCUAACUUUGAGUGUUAUUUGAAGAACAAUCCAAAAGAGAUGGUGACCAAAGCAAAGGCGGAAUCCACAUCGGGGAUGCCAGCACGGUUCUGUCGGCUUGAUGACAACUGGGUUAAGGUGGCAUAUGAUGGAAUCAACUUCCGUGGUUCUGAUAUUCGCUUUGAGCUGAUGGAUGAUGCAAACAAAUGUCAGGAGGCAUGCACCCAGGAGCCUGCCUGCCAAUUCUACAACUAUAUACAUGACAACACCAGCAAUAUUUGGCGCAACUGCUAUCUAAAGCGUGUCAUCACCAUGCCUUCUCCUCCCAAAAUUAACAAACAUGCCAGUGGGGUGUCCGGAUUCCCUCUGAGGAACUGUUUAAAUCACACCUAGUAGAAGACAAACAUUCCAGCAAUAAACUAUGCCUGAGUUUAUUUGCUCUUAAUAAAAGAGAACCAUUCUGUCUUGA